UUGUGGGAUACGUUUUCCCAUUCAUCGCGGCAGGGGAAUCACAAGUCAGUCGACUAUGCUGUCGGACGUAAACUAACGUGUUAUUGAGCUCUAUAAGCCAUUAUUUGGUGCAUAUGUGAAUUCAGUGGGAUUUUAAAAGACGAAAUGGUCAAAGAGAAACCGAAUUCAAUACGUACUUACGACAAAGAAGGAUUUCGGCGGAGGGCUGCAUGUCUGUGUUUCAAAGAUGAUGCCGAAAAAGAGAUCCUUCUUGUGACAAGCAGUAAGGACAGAGAGAAGUGGGUGGUGCCAGGAGGAGGUGUGGAACCCUUAGAGGACCCCAGAAACACAGCAGAGCGUGAAGCUCUCGAGGAGGCAGGGGUCCGGGGCAAAUUAGGUAGACACAUCGGCAUGUUUGAGAAUAAAGACAAGAACCACAGGACAACAGUGUAUGUGUUUGUAGUGACUGAGCUGAUGGAUGAUUGGGAAGAUAAAAGAGCUAUGGGUCGGACGAGAGAGUGGUUCAGUAUAGCAGAGGCCCAUGCAAAGCUCUCACACAAACCAAUUCAACUCCACUACCUUAGAGAACUGCUAGAGAAACCCCUGGAUAUGGUCACAUGACCACCAGCAAGCCAUUAGAGUCCUAGUAUUUGUGCUGCUAUAUAUAAGUUGAAUCUAUAUUUAGUUGUAGGGUAUAUCCCACAUGUCUCAACCUGUGAUUCAUAUACCUGUAUCACCCUGGGGAGUGUCAUCCAGUGAAAAUCUGUGAAGGCUCAAGAAUUGAGUUGUAUGCCCUUUGUGGUGUUGCUAUGGUGAUUUUUUGACUUCAUUGAUAGUGGAGUUUUCCAGAGUCAGGCAUUAGAUACCUAACAUAUUCAUGUGUUGGUCUCAUAGAACGUUCAAUGGGGACCACUUAUUUGUCUUUAUAAUUUAAUUUUGUGAAAUAAUUUGACUUUUUUAUGACCUGUUGACGAUUUUUAUCAAAGUGAAUUGUUGCAGUAUUAUACAUUUAUAUGAGGCUCAGCCAUACUAUUGUAGAUGUAUCUGUUGUGGUAAUAAUUGGUCUUUCACUAUGAUUGGUGUUUUGAUAUGUUGGUACAUGUAUUUUAUGUAAAAAGUUCUCUUUCUAAAAUGAGUGAGUUUUAGGAAAGUUAGCAAUAUUGUUUAAGUUAAGCAUGAAAACUAUUACAUUUGUAUUUACUAUUGUAUUUAUGUUAAAAUUGCCAAAAUUUGACUCCCUUCCUCCGGAUUACAGAAUAUAGGGUUAACAGAUAACAUACAUGUAUUGUUGACUUUGUACUGCAUCAGGACAUGUCAACCAGAAUAAAAUGUUACAACUAUUUAUUAAUUAAUAAUUAAUUACUAAUUUGAAAAAUAUUUAAAAAAAAACUUAUUAUAGAGCAUGUGUAAUUUUAGUUUACGUAUAAUUAAAUUGGAUGAUAGACCAAUCAACAGUAUCAAGACCGUUUGUUGGUAAUGUUAACAGGUAAUUAAUAUAAUUAUGUCCCUUAGCACCUCAAAUUGUCUGCCUGACUCUUGAUGACAGAAUCAAAGACAUUUUUGUGUUGGUAUUAAUUUAUCAUUGGAAAAAUGCGUCAAUGAUUGAUACAGCUUUUUCACAUCAACAUGUUCCACAGUUUUGUUAUAAGAAUUUUUUUCAGGUUUUAUGAUAUAGAAAAGCAUUUCAUAAACUCUGAUAAUCCCACUUACAGCUUUAAUUUUAUUUUCGUUAGAUUUCCUGUUUUGAUGAAAAGUCUAUAUGUCAUUGUACAUCGUUAAAUUGUAUGAAAGUUGAUAAAGAAUGGUCACUACAGUAUUAUAAGUUUUAUUAGACAUUAUCAAACAUAUACUACAUCACCAGGAUUAUAGAUUUCAACAUCAAUAACAGAAGCUGAAGUUGUUUUGGUUGGUAUGGCUUUGAAUCCCUACCAGCAGAUCUAUACAUUACCGUAUUGGAUGUAAUAAGUAUACCUGCCGCUGAAAGCACACCCCACCUUUUUCAGGAAAAGAGGAUGGGUGUGCUAAUUGAACCACAUGAAACAUUCCUUACCUCACUUAUCUACCAAUAUAAUCUGCAAUCUUUUAACAGAGACUCUAGAUUGUUUUUACUACAUAGAGUAUAGGGUAUAAAUAGAAAAAGAUAUUUUUCCACCCAAAUUUCACAUGUGGAAAAAGUGCACAGUUCAUUUAUUAGGUUAAAUCUAGUGUAUGCUGUUGUGUUGGUAACAUGUCUCUGAAUGGUUGAGUUUUAAUUUCCCUGUCAAGUUUUGUAUGAAACUUGUUCUGCACGUAAUAUAAAAUAUAUAUAAGGAUUUUAUACUGAAUCAAAUGUCAGCCUUCUAGAAAGUCUAUUUUAAGGAUGAUAAAUGAGGUAUUGGAAACUGUUGUACUUUUUAGUAUUUCUUUAUUCAUUAACUCUUAGAAAAAAACAGAAACAUGUCUAAAAAAAAAAAAAA